UCCCAACGACAUUUGCUCUGCGAUCGUGUGCUUGAUAGCAUCCGUUAUAAUAGUUAGAAAUAAUCCAAGUAUUAUAUUUAGAACAUAUUAAAUUUAUUUAUUGAAUUAAAGGAGCGGGAGUGAAGUGAUUUUGUGUUUGUUUGGAAUUUUUGAAUUAAUUCGUUCGAAAUGUCUCGAGUCUGCGUAGUUGGUGCUGGAGCGGCGGGUCUCUGUGCGGCACGACACCUCCUCACAGAGAGCUGCGUGUCCCAGGUGGACGUGUUGGAGCAGGCCUCACAGGUCGGUGGGACCUGGGUGUACACCGAGCAUACGGGAUAUGACGACUUCGGACUGCCCAUACACACCAGCAUGUACAAAAGUCUCAGAACCAAUCUGCCCAAAGAGAUCAUGGGUUUCCCAGACUUCCCCAUCCCGGAAAGUGAUAAGUCGUACCUGCCCGCCAAGGACAUGCUGGCCUUCCUGCAGCUGUAUUCGGAUAAACAUGGAGUCACGGAACAUAUCAAGUUCAAACACCACGUCCAGCUGAUCAAACCUCGGGCUACCUCCUCGGGCGAGGUCUGGGACGUGAGCUACAAGAACCUGGAGACCGGCGUGUCGGAGACCAAAGAAUACGACUACGUGUUCGUCUGCAACGGCCAUUACAACACGCCCUUCAUACCCAGUAUACCGGGGCUAAAAGAGUUUGAAGGAGACGUAAUGCACAGCCAUGACUACCGCGUGCCCGACAUCUUCACCGACAAACGCGUCCUCGUAGUCGGCGCCGGGCCAUCCGGCAUGGACAUCGCGUUAGAAGUCACCACCGUAGCUUCCCACGUCAUCCUGAGUCAUCACCUGAAGGAACAGCCGAGGACUGUGUUCCCGGAGAAUCUGGUGCAGAAGCCUGACAUUGAGAGGCUCGAAGGGAGGAAGGUGGUGUUUGUGGAUGGAAGCGUUGAGGAGGUGGACGUCGUCUUCCUUUGCACAGGAUACCUCUACAACUUCCCGUUCCUGCACCCGUCGUGCGGCGUGGCCGUUGACGACAACUGCGUGGAGCCCCUCUACAAGCAUCUCGUGAACAUCCGCCAUCCGUCCAUGUGCUUCGUGGGUGUACCUUAUUAUGUGUGCGCCUUCUCAAUGUUCGACUUACAGGUCCGGUACUACGUGAGGUCAAUGAACGGCACCUUCAAAUUGCCCUCACAAGAGGCGAUGACACGGGAUUGGGAAGAAGAGAAGCUAGACCGAGCGGCGCGAGGGUACACCAAACGGCAGACGCAUAUGAUGGGGCCUGACCAGGCGGAGUACUACGUCUCCCUGUCGACUGAGAGUGGGGCUGCGCCCCUUCCGGCGGUGUUCACGAUGAUCCACAACGACAGCAGCCAGAAGUUCCUGGACGAUCUGGUGCACUAUCGCCAGGACGUCUACUGCGUUAUUGAUGAUGACCAUUUUGUUUGUUACACUAAAGCUUAGGCUCAAACAUUUCGCAGGGGUCGGCAAUUGGGUACUUGACACAUGUUGAAUAUUAUAACAAAAUUUAGUUAAAUGGAUAGAAAUUGAGCCAUCCAUUAUAAAAAAGUGGAAUUUAAAAAAUUACAUUGAGAUUAUAAAAAAAUAAAAGGCGCCGAAGUCUCAAAAAAAAAAAUUUUUUUUGUCUCAAAAAUAGAAAAGAAAAUGAUACCAUUCGAUUCCUUACAUUUUAUUGAAAAAUAAAUUGUAUGACAACUAUACACAAACGCAAUAUUUCAGGGUCAAAAUGGCAAUUUCCUUGAUCUUCAAUACAUUUAGGACAGACUUAUAUGAUGUGACGUCACAUCACCUUAUCAUUUUGUUAGAGGCGUUUCAAUCGUCGAGUGCGAGCGUCAGACUUUAACUCUAAUGUCUGACCUUUGCGUUGCUUAAAUGCCAUGAGUCCUAUAUAGACAUUUGAUCCUCAGGAAAAUCAAGAUCGUUUGACAUUAUUUACAAAAAACAGUCAAGUAGCCAAUUUACGGCUCGCAAGCUUUUUACCUAUAAUGCGACCCGCCUGAACAAUUCAUACUUAGAGGAUUUCGAGCAUUCAUAUACUUUUCUUGCUCUUUGACAAUUUUCGUAUGGUUGGCUUCUCUCCGAAUGCUUGCUGGCCCCUGGCUUUUGGUAUUUUUGUAGUUAAAACGGCAACACAGACCUAAGCUAGAGUAGAUUCACCCUCUUUUAUUUCCUAUCUAAUUCCUGGCUCCUGUUUCUUCAGUUGGACAAACUCCAGUUUGAGACUGACUAACAAUUCACUGUAGAUUAGAUAUCUAAGUUCCUACUCAGGUAGGGGUAAGGGUAGCUUUAGGUAAACUUAGGAAAGGUUCCGUUCCUCCUAUACAAAAAAUCAAUUGAACGUUCUCUGACAAAUAAAGAAUUAAAGAAGAAUUUCGGAGACCCAUAAAGGUGAUUUGGGUAAUCUCUGAGAACCAUAAAGGUGAUUUGGGUAAUCUCUGAGAACCAUAAAGGUGAUUUGGGUAAUCUCUGAGAACCAUAAAGGUGAUUUGGGUAAUCUCUGAGAACCAUAAAGGUGAUUUGGGUAAUCUCUGAGAACCAUAAAGGUGAUUUGGGUGAUUUGGGAAAUCAUAAGUAGAAGACUCCAACGUACUUGUAUCAUGUACCUAUAUCGUUCUAGCAAGAAAAUACUCUAAUACGAGUUCUAAUAAUUAAAAUUUUAUGAAGUGAUGAGUUUUGCUAUACACUAUCCCUGACCUAUAAAAGUAAAUGUAAGUAGAGGUCUGAUAGAUACCUAAGUAGUUUUAAUCAAGUACUUAUGUACUUUAAUGUUUACUCGGAAAUAAAAUAAAAAGUUGUUUUAUAUAAUUUAUUUAUGCAAUAGAUAGGUACUUUUACUCGUGCCUUAUACAUUUAAUAUCAUGUUAGUAUCUCUGUAAAGUGCUUAUAUCUUAUAAGUAGACAUAUGUUGUCAAUAAUAAAUAUACAGUCGAUAUCCUUGUUUUUCAAUGAACUGAUAACUUUAUUGAUACUUUGACCUAAUUAACUAAUAACCGAUCUAAGAGCAAAGCA